AUGAAUGAGGAAGAAGCAAAAGAAAUGGAUGAUGAGGACUGCGAAAGAAGAAGAAUGGAGUGUUUAGAUGAAAUGUCCAAUCUUGAAAAGCAAUUUACAGACCUUAAAGAUCAACUUUACAAAGAACGAUUAAGCCAAGUGGAUGCAAAACUACAAGAAGUCAUAGCUGGAAAAGCACCUGAAUAUUUAGAACCAUUGGCAGCUUUACAAGAAAAUAUGCAAAUCCGAACCAAGGUUGCAGGUAUCUAUAGAGAGCUUUGUCUGGAAUCUGUGAAGAACAAGUAUGAAUGUGAAAUUCAAGCCUCUCGACAGCACUGUGAGAGUGAAAAGCUUCUGUUGUAUGAUACUGUACAAAGCGAACUUGAAGAGAAGAUUAGAAGACUUGAAGAAGACAGGCAUAGCAUUGACAUUACCUCAGAAUUAUGGAAUGAUGAGCUACAGUCCAGGAAGAAAAGGAAGGAUCCAUUUAGUCCAGAUAAGAAGAAACCUGUUGUUGUAUCAGGUCCCUAUAUAGUUUAUAUGUUACAAGACCUUGAUAUACUUGAAGACUGGACAACAAUAAGGAAAGCAAUGGCUACACUGGGGCCACACAGAGUAAAGCCAGAACCACCUGUCAAAUUAGAAAAGCAUCUACAUAGUGCUAGAUCUGAAGAAGGAAGACUCUAUUAUGAUGGAGAGUGGUACGGACGUGGACAGACAAUAUGCAUUGAUAAGAAAGAUGAAUGUCCUACAAGUGCCAUAAUUACAACAAUUAACCAUGAUGAAGUUUGGUUUAAAAGACCAGAUGGAAGCAAGUCCAAGCUGUAUAUUUCUCAGCUACAGAAAGGAAAAUAUUCAAUAAAGCAUAACCACAACUGACCGUUGCUAACCAGAUGUAAAACAAGUGGUAUUGCCAUGUUUGAUGUGCCAUGGGGUCAAAGUUGUAUUUAAUAGUGUUUUGUAUUCCUUAUAAAUUUACAGCAGUAUCUGAUGUGUAUUUGUAGUGCUGUAUGUAAACUUCAUAUGGAUGGCCUUCAGAAACCUGGAAACCUGAGGAUGUUAAAUCACGCUGAUGGACGUUUUAUCUCUAAAGUAAAGUCCAGUGCCUAAGAUAUGAAGUAUGCUCUGCAAGUAUAAUGGCUCAGAACUUCUCUUAUUUGUAAAAUGGAAAAACCCCAAAAAAUUCCCAUUGGUGACCAAUUGGUGUGAUUAAAAAUUAUAACCGUAAUUACCAGCAACUCACUUUGUUUUCAGUGAGCAUGUCAUGCUUCUCUUGUGGAUGUCAAUUUAGCAUGUUCAGCUGUUGCUUUUGAAUAGAUUGUAACAUGCAUAAGCAUUCUUUUACCUGAAGUGGAGCGAUUUAUUAAAAUUACUGCCCUCGACAGCUCUGCUAGUACUGACUGUGUUACAUUUUGUAAGGUUUGCUAUAUUACUUGUAAUGAGACAAAGACAGUAUUUUGAGCUACAGUUUUUGAGGAACACUUUUCUAGUUUAGGACCCUGUUCUAUAGUAAAUAAAUGAAUGGUGAUUUUUUUUCUUCUUCCUCAGAUUGCCAGCAAAAUUUAUGUAUGAAGUAGACAGUGUUGCUACAGCCUGUGUUAUAUGUAGCUCACAAAGAACGACUGUGGGGAUGGUUAUGUAAAUACUGUUGCAUGCUCUGCUCGUUUGGUCCACAGUUGUAUGAAAUACUAUGAAUCUUUUUUUCAAAAGGAAAACGUUUCCCCAGAAAUCAUAUAACUGGGAAAAUUUACAGUGACUUCUUCACCAAAUGCUAUUUUCCAAAUUUCUGUACCCUACUUCAUCUUAUUGUACACCAGGAUUAUUUCAUGCAGCUUAGAAAGCUGAAUCUCUCUUAAUUCUUACUGUUUAAGCCACGGCAAAAAGUCCUGAAUCAUUAAUGUUACUGUGAUGUGCUUGGAGCAUCUAGAAGGGCAGAUGGGAUUGCUGAAGAAUUAUUAAUGCGUUGGUUACGUGCACUUUAAUGUUCACUUAUGAUGAUUCUUGGAGAAAGAAAGCAUCCAUUUGCUUUAAAUGAUCACAGCAUAUAAGUAUUUUUAUUGUAACAUAUAAAUGUUUUAUUCCUAUAUUAAUUGUCUCUUGUAUUGCAGGGUGGUAACUACUUUCCAAAUGCCAAAUCAGUUUCUGCUGAGUGAUGCUUUUCUACAAUUGUAUGACAUUAUUAAUCAAAUGUACAUAAACUAUCAAUUGACAUGUUGGCUUUUAACAAUAUGAACUGUAUGUAUACAGUUGUUUGAUAAACUUUUUGUAAUAAAAUAUUUGUAUUUUUUAACUUAGUAUAUAAAUAAAUGAUCCGUGGUAGUGGA